AUGAGAGCACCCAGAAUGUUCCCAUCGGCGGUGCUGCCACCUCUGCUUUUGCUAUUGCUGGUUUCAAUCCCUCGGUCACUGAGCUUGGACCCUUUUGGCUUCCCCCCUGGCAGUUCCCCAACGACGGAGCAGCCCCAGCCCCAAAAGCAGCGGCCCGGACAGCAGCAGCCCCAGCAGCAACGGGAGCCACUUAGCUACUCCCGGCUCCAGAGGAAGAGCCUAGCUGUGGACUUCAUUGUGCCCUCGCUAUUCAGGAUUUAUGCCCGGGACCUGCUACUGUUGCUUCCAUCGGCACCCGGAGCCAGCCUACCCGAGGCGCGUAGUUCUCUGGCGCUGGACUGCUCGCCCCUGCUGCUGCUGCUUCUGAGGCGUCAGGGUGCCACCAGGACUGCUGCUCUGCCCCACCUACCACCCGGAGGACGAGUACUGUCCAAGGUCCUGAAAGGUGGCUCUGUGAGGAAGCUCCGCAGGGCCAAGCAGCUGGUGCUGGAAGUGGGCGAGGAAGCGAUCCUGGAGGGCUGCACGGGGACCUCCACUAGUCCUCCGGAGCAGGCAGCUGUGGCCACGGCAGGGAUGCUAGAGUUCAAUCUUACAGAGAUGUUCAGUUGGUGGGUUCGCCACGGCGAAGGGCGGCUUCGGAUCCGCCUGAUGCCGGAGAAGAAGGACUCUUUGCCAGGCAGAGAAAUAAGACUGUCUGCAGCAAUAAGAGCCUCCCAGCCUCGUCUACUUUUCCAAAUCAUAAGAAAGGCUCCAAGCUCCCUGGAAUCUUCUACAAAGAUCCCUGCUCUCACUCCAGAGCCCUUUAUCUGGAACCUAACUUGGAUCAUGAAAGAUUCUCCCCCUUUCUUCUCUCAACGUAGCCGAUAUGGUUUCGAGUGCAACUUUGAUUUCCCUUGUGAGCUAGAGUAUUCACCACCGCUACAGGAAGACAGAAACCACUACUGGUCUUGGCGCCACUUCACUUCUGAGGAGGCUUCCCAAAUGAACCUGUUCGGUGAUGGUCCUGCGGUGAUUCAUUCUGAGGAGAUGCCCAAAGGUUCUUUCCUUCUCCUCAACACAUCUGAAAACACCAAACAUACCAUUCUGAGCCCUUGGAUGAGGAGCAACAGUGAACACUGCACCAUGGAAGUGUCUGUGUACAGGGACCUCCAAACCUCUGGGAGAUACAUGGCCCAACUCCUACCACACAAUGAAGCUAGGAGAGAGAUCCUGCUGGUUCCAAAUCCAGAGACACAUGGCUGGACCAUGCUCCAUGGGAGAAUUGGAUACCUGCAGAGUCCUUUCCGGGUUUCCCUGGAAUACAUCUCAAAUGCCAACGGGAGCCUAUCUGUGGUAGAUUCUUUGUCUCUGAAGAACUGCAGUGAAGGGAUGCCACCUAUCUCCAAGAUGGCCCUGAAGAGCUCCUUCACCUGCUGGAAUGGAACAGCCAUCCACCUGGGGCAGGCUUGCAACUUUCAGAAAGACUGCUCUGAGGGCGAAGAUGAGGGAGAAUUGUGCAGAAAACUUCCAGCUGGAUUUUAUUGUGACUUUGAGGAUGGAGACUGUGGUUGGAUUCAAGGCAUGGCCAUGCCUCAUACUCCCCAAUGGCAGGUUGGGAUCUUGGAGGGUGCCCUGUUUCCAAAUCACCAAGGCUACACAAUGCUGUUUAACACUAGCAAGGCUAGCCCAACAGAAACUGUGGUCCUGACCAGUGUCAUGUUUCCUGCACCAAUGAAGAACUCUCCUUGUGAGCUCCAGUUCUCAUGGCUCAUCCAUGGAGUCUUAGAAGGAAACAUCUCUCUGAUGCUGAUGGAGAACAAAACUGGGAAGGAGCAAAGCAGGACCAUCUGGUACUUUGCCAACAGCGAAGGUUUGGGCAUCUGGCAUCAGAUGGUCUUACCUCUUUCUGAUGUGUCAGACAGAUUCUGGCUCCAGAUUGUCACAUGGUGGGAGGAAGGCUCAGGAGCCAUCAUUGCUUUUGACAACAUCUCCCUCAGCCUGGACUGCUACCUUACGAUUAAUGGGGAGGAGAAAAUAUCAAGGGAUGAAGCUCCCAAUUCAAGCAACCUCUUUGAGAAUAUCUAUAAGAAGUCUGUACAGGAGCCAAGAUCCCGGGAGAAUGGGCAUGGGGAGAACCUCAACUUUGACCCAACAGUUCACUGGCUGUUCACCACAUGUGGAGCCAGCGGGCCCCAGGGACCCACGCAGACCCAGUGCACCAAUGCCUACAGGAAUUCCAACCUGAGCGUGGUGGUGGGCAGCGAGGGUGCCCUGAAGGGUGUGCAGAUCUGGAGAGUGCCAGCCACCGACACGUACAGCAUCUCGGGCUAUGGAGCAGCUGGAGGUAAAGGAGGGAAGAACACAAUGAUGAGGUCCCAUGGUGUAUCAGUUCUGGGAGUCUUUGACCUGGAGAAGGAUGACUUUUUAUACAUCUUGGUGGGACAGCAAGGGGGAGAUGCCUGUCCCAGUGCUAAUGAAGUUAUCCAGAAGGUUUGCAUUGGAGAGAACAAUGUGAUAGAAGAAGAGAUCCGAGCCAACCAGAGUGUGAAUGAGUGGGCUGGAGGUGGAGGAGGUGGGGGUGGAGCGACCUACAUUUUUAAGAUGAAGAAUGGAAUACCAGUGCCUCUGAUCAUUGCAGCCGGAGGCGGUGGAAGAGCCUAUGGGGCCAAAACAGAUACAUUCCAUCCAGAAAGACUGGAAAAUAACUCCUCUGUUCUAGGUCUGAAUGGCAUUUCUGGAGCCGCAGGUGGCGGAGGUGGCUGGAAUGAUAACACUUCCUUGCUUUGGUCGGGAAAAUCUUUGCUGGAAGGUGCCACAGGAGGACAUUCCUGCCCCCAGGCCAUGAAGAAGUGGGGGUGGGAGACAAGAGGGGGUUUCGGAGGGGGUGGAGGGGGGUGCUCCUCAGGUGGAGGAGGCGGAGGAUACAUAGGGGGUAAUGCAGCUGUGAACAAUGACCCCGAAGUGGAUGGGGAGGAUGGGGUCUCCUUCAUCAGUCCAUUGGGCAUCCUGUACACCCCGGCUCUGAAAGUGAUGGAGGGCCAUGGGGAGGUGAACAUCAAGCUUUACUUGAACUGCAGCCACUGUGAGGUGGAUGAGUGCCACAUUGACCCAGAGAGCCACAAAGUUAUCUGUUUCUGCGAGCAUGGCACAGUGCUGGCCGAAGACGGGGUCUCCUGCAUAGUGUCACCCACCUCUGAGCCUCACCUGCCUCUCUCCCUGAUACUGUCUGUUGUGACCUCUGCCCUGGUGGCUGCCCUGGUCCUGGCAUUCUCGGGCAUCAUGAUUGUGUACCGCAGGAAGCAUCAGGAGCUCCAGGCGAUGCAGAUGGAACUGCAGAGUCCCGAGUACAAGCUGAGCAAGCUGAGAACCUCAACCAUCAUGACCGACUAUAACCCCAACUACUGUUUUGCUGGCAAAACCACAUCCAUCAGUGACCUCAAGGAGGUGCCUCGGAAAAACAUCUCCCUCAUUCGGGGUCUGGGCCAUGGUGCCUUUGGGGAAGUGUAUGAAGGACAAGUGUCUGGAAGCCCCAGUGACCCCAGCCCCCUACAGGUGGCAGUUAAGACGCUUCCAGAGGUGUGUUCAGAACAGGACGAGCUGGAUUUCCUCAUGGAAGCAUUGAUCAUUAGCAAAUUCAACCACCAGAACAUUGUUCGCUGUAUUGGGGUAAGCCUGCAGGCCCUGCCCCGAUUUAUCCUCUUAGAGCUGAUGGCUGGAGGAGACCUCAAAUCCUUCCUUCGGGAGACUCGCCCUCGCCCGAACCAGCCCUCCUCCCUGGCUAUGUUGGACCUGCUACACGUGGCUCGUGACAUUGCCUGUGGCUGUCAGUACCUGGAAGAAAACCACUUCAUUCACCGGGAUAUUGCUGCUAGGAACUGUCUCUUGACCUGCCCUGGACCAGGCAGAGUGGCCAAGAUCGGAGACUUUGGAAUGGCUCGAGACAUCUACAGAGCAAGCUACUACAGGAAGGGAGGAUGCGCCAUGCUUCCAGUCAAGUGGAUGCCCCCAGAGGCCUUCAUGGAGGGGAUAUUUACAUCUAAAACAGACACAUGGUCCUUCGGUGUGCUUCUGUGGGAAAUAUUCUCCCUUGGAUACAUGCCCUACCCAAGCAAAAGUAAUCAGGAGGUCCUGGAGUUUGUCACCAGUGGAGGACGGAUGGAUCCACCCAAAAAUUGCCCUGGGCCUGUGUACCGGAUCAUGACUCAGUGCUGGCAGCAUCUGCCUGAGGACCGGCCCAACUUUGCCACCAUCUUAGAGAGGAUCGAAUACUGUACCCAGGAUCCAGAUGUGGUUAAUACUGCUUUGCCAGUAGAAUAUGGUCCAGUGACUGAAGAGGAAGAGAAGGUGCCCAUGAGGCCAGAAGACCCUGAUAGAAUACCUCCUCUCUUAGUCUCUCCACAGCAAGAGAAAAAAGAGGAUGUAUGUUCACCAUCUGCUCCCCCUGCACUGCCCACCACUUCCUCUGGUAAGCCCUUGAAGAAAGCAAUAGCUCUGGAGCCCCCAGUCCGCAUCACCAGAGGGACACCGGUAGAAGGAGGACAUGUCAACAUGGCCUAUUCUCAGUCUAAUCCACCAACAGAGCUGCACAAAGGGCGUGGAUCAAGAAACAAACCAACCAGUCUUUGGAACCCCACAUAUGGCUCCUGGUUUACAGAGAAAUCUGCAACCAAAAACAAUCCCCUGACAGAGAAGGAGCAGCCUGAAAAGGGUAAACUGGGGCCAGAAGGACACUCCAGCACAGGGCCACCUCGUGUUGUCCCUGGCAGACUGCCAGGGUCCUCCCUGCUCUUGGAGCCAUCUUCCCUGACUGCCACCAUGACGGAAGUGCCUUUGUUUAGGCUCCGCCACUUCCCUUGUGGGAACGUCCACUAUGGAUAUCAGCAGCAAGGCUUACCGUUGGAGGCCACCCCAGCAGCUGGCAGUUACGGGGACUCCAUUCUUAGAAAUCCGAGUAGCGUGACCCAGCCUGGUCCCUGA